CAGGUAUAAGACGCUCUGAGGCGGACUGCUCUCCACAGACUGACCUCAGGUAUAAGACGCUCUGAGGCGGACUGCUCUCCACAGACUGACCGCAGGUAAGACGCUCUGAGGCGGACUGCUCUCCACAGACUGACCGGAGAACCGGAGAUGGGCGUUCAGGGUCUCUUCACCUUCGUCGAGAAACACCCGCGGAUCUACCGGGACGUCCGGUUCAGGAUGAGCCGGCUGGUCAUCGAUGGAGCCAACCUGAUCCACCUGCUGUACUUUGACUCAGGUCUGGACCAGAAUCACGGCGGGGAGUAUGCUGCGUUUGAGGAGCUGAUUGAGAGGUUCAUCACCGCCCUCAGAGAUUGCGGGAUUUCACCGUUUGUGGUGCUGGACGGAGGUUCGGACUACACCGACAAGAAGCUUGAAACGAUGAUGCAAAGAGCUGUGGACCGGAUCAAGAAAGCCCAUCGAGCUGCGGUGGAAGACAGUAAGAAGAACGUCCUUCCACAGCUGGCCAAGCUAAUGUUCAGACAGACGCUGGCCCGUCUGGAGGUCCCGAUGGCUCAGUGCUACGCCGAGGCUGACCAGGAGAUUGCUGCUCUGGCCAAUGAGUGGCAGUGUCCAGUGCUUUCCAACGACAGCGACUUCUACAUCUUUGACCUCCCGGGGUUUCUGCCGAUCUCUCAUUUCCAGUGGGAGGCGGUGGAGCAGAGCGGCUCGCAGAGCUACAUCCCCUGUAAGAAGUACAACACUUCCAGCUUCUGCAUCUUUUUCAACCUUGAGCGCCAGCUCCUGCCCACCUUCGCCGCCUUGGCUGGGAACGAUUACGUGAAGCUGCAGAAGAUGGAGAGGCCCAUCGAUUGGACUCAGUUCUGCCCAGCUGGCGAUGGGAUACCGAGCCACCUGGAGGGACUGCUGUGCUGGCUGAGGGACUUCCAUCAGCCCGAGAAGGCCUUGGAGGCAGCGCUGGGGCUGAUGAGAGAGCUGAGCAAGAAGAAGAAGGCAGAGGUGCUGCAGGGCUUGUAUCUGGGCAUGCAGGAGUACAAGCUCCCAUCCAGCGCCCUGAAGAGAUUCUUCGUCCAUGGGGCGGCACCUCCAUUCCCGACAUUUGAAGGGGUGAAGGGUCUCGUCCCAGACUGGACCCGGCUGCCGCUGACGCAGGCUCGGCUGACUUCGGACAUCCUGGACGUGUUGCUGUUGCAGAGGAAUAACCUCAGCCUUCCCGUGGACCACGGCGACAUGCCCAGCAUUAACCUGACCUCCAGGCCGCUGCGCCAGGUGAUGUACGGGCUGCUGCUGGGCAAAGGGCGGAGGCUGGAGGUGAACGAGAGAGACAGAGACGGCCUCCAGCUGAAAGAAAUCCCGGUCAAACCUGCCGUCAGAGGGGUCGCUGGGCAGCUCACACUUGAGUCACUGGAUCAGGCGGAGUCCUCCCAGCGUCUGCAGGUCUUACUUGACGCUCUUGGGGUAACCGAGGCCUCUCUGAGCCGCCUGCCGCCUCAGCUGCGCCUCCCGGUGGCUGUCACCUGCUACUGGCUGCAGAGAGCUCAGCCUUGCCCAGACCAGAGUCUGCUGAAGGCGCUGCUGCUGGGACUGAGUAAUGGAGACGCCUUAAGACAGAGAGCAGCUUUGCAGAUGCAGAAUGAACGCUGCAAACAGAAGCUGUCUGUCAGCGUCGGUCACGCCUUCAACCAAUGGCAGGCCUGCCUGAAGGACGGCGUGUACCUGAACCAGCUGCUGGGUCGCCCGUUAGAAGAACCGCAGAUCGCUCGGUUGUACGAGGGCACGUUGGUCCACGAUCUGGUCCACCGGAUCAGGACAGGAAAACUGAAGCAACUUCUGAAAUAUGACCGCUCGCGUGUGAAGCAGUAUAAAAGCAUGCUGGCUAUCAUCCACCAGUUCCACUCUCAGAAGGCGUCGACGCCGGCGUCCGACAAUCAGGAGACCGUGACGCCUCCACGGCGGCGGCGGCUGCCUCUGGGCGACCUGACGGCAAACCUGCAGCAGCUGUUCCUCCUGUGCGAUGAUGACGAGGAAGCUGAGAUGGAGGUCAGCAGCGGCGUCAGAGCGCAGGAGGAACUCCACCUGGGCGACCUGGUGUCGGUGAAAACUCGUUACAGAGCGAAGGAGAGAAACAACCGGUCCAAAAACCCAGAACUGGCUCGUAAAGAGGAGUGCAGAGGUGAUCCGGUCCGCUGGUGACGUGACACCUUCAUGAAUGAUUCACUUUAAAGCUGCAGUCACUCAUUUUUUGGCCACUUGGGGGCAGCAAAACAACCUGUGCUCGUUUUAGCCCGUUUAAAAAAAACAAGAUUCAGUUUGAACGAUUUUAAAUAAUCGAUCAAACAUUACGUUUUUAAAAUCCUCCAUGUUUGUAUAAUUCAUAAGUUUUUAAAUCUCUCACGUGCGUGAACGUUGAAACCUGCGGAGCUUUGUGUGUUCUGAUCUCAUGUUUCCAGUAUAAUGUCGUCAUAUGAACUUUUUCUGUGUUAAAGUUAUUUCCUCAGCACUUUGUUCUUAAAACACAACUUUUUCAAUCUCAUGUGAAGAUUUUAAAUGAAUGUUUUGUUCACGUCUUUUAUUUUUCACACAUUUAUCAGUUCUUUGACAGACGACGAUGAUUCAAACACCGUGAAGCUUUUUGUAACUUUGAUCGUUUAAAUAAAGUUCUGAAUGGAGGCGUGAACGUGUGUGUUUAGAAAUAAAAACAAAGUGAACAGCU